UUAAUCACUGAGAUCUCUUUCAUUUCUUUUUUAACUCUUUCAACUUAAUCAGGAUGGUCAACCAAUAACGAGAAACAACCGGAACCACUAGUACAUGAAAAACACAAUUGGCAAAUAAUAUGAGAAAUAGCCUCCCUUGCUGUGACUUCAUCCGUUUUCUUGGCCUACAAAGUGAGCCAUUUCGCAGAGUGUGCCACAUAAUCGAAAAGGUGUACAUCAGCAGGUUAGUAAAGCACUGCAAUCAGGGCUACGUGGAAUAGCUGCCUUCAUGGUAGCGAGAUUGAGACCAUUCUGUAACAUUUUCGCCGACAUUCGCCGCCUGUGUGUGAUUUUCCUCUCUCUUCAGCACUGCUUUGACAUCGUACGACGAAGUCAUGGCGGCCCUCACGGAAGGCCGUCAACUGACGCUCACGGCCAAGGCCACCGACUGCGAACAUCCCCUGCCCCCCGAGGUCAUCCUCGCCGAGGGCGGAACCACCUCCUACCAGUGGGUCGUCCCCCCAGGUGACACAUACGACUCCUUCCCGACCUCCGCCGCAGUCGACGCCGCCCUCUUGGCCGGGAAGGACCUCCAGGCCGCCGUGGACGUCACCGCGUGCACUUCGCCCAACGGGACUCUCUCCCCGCUUCUGGCGAGUCACGCUGGAUCUUCCUGA